AUGUAUGCGACGCUAGCAUUCCUUUGCCUCUCACUACUCUCAGCCAACUGUGCCGUACACAAACAGCCAGCUGAGCUGCCAGUGAAUACUGCCUACAAAGAUGGCAAAACCCUGCGUUUGCCACUCAACGAAACCAGCAGUGAAGAGCUUCUCGAGAAGUGGGCCAGCCAAGCGCUAUCCGGGCUAAUGGCAGCGGUUGCAUCAAGAAGGCUUGAUCAGUUGGACUCCGAUGAUCGUGAAGAACUACAUCGCUGCUCGAAGCAAGCCUACACAGUACCUGACCAUGCCCGCUGUGUAGCUAAAGUUCUCGACAUUACUCGACAUAUUAAGUAUCGACCACCUAAGCCGAUUUAA